GUGUGAAAGGUGGUGGACAAAGUUGCUUACCUAUGCCACAAAAGGUCAUGAUCACCUACAACUCCGCGUCCAGCGAAGCACGCGCCAACGAUCUCUCUGCGCGCAUAGCAGCGCUUGACAACGGGUCCGCCGCCGCCUCUAUCCGCGCCGACAUCGGCCUCCCAGAAUCCCCCGCGCUCAUCGUCAACGCCACCCUCGCCGCCUUCUCUACCACCGCCAUCGACAUCCUCGUCAACAACGCCGGCGUCGAGCUCUACCGCCAGCUCGUCGAAGUCACGGUCGCCGAGUACGCCCGCGUCCUUGACGUGAACGUCCGCGGCGCGAUGCUCAUGGCGCAGGCGGUCAUCCCGUACCUGCGCGCCCCGGGGCGCAUCGUCAACAUCUCCUCCGUCGGCGCGCGCCGCGGGCUGAGCGGGUACACCGUGUACUGCGCGAGCAAGGGCGCCGUGGAGGCCUUCACGCGCGCCUUGGCGGUCGAGCUUGGCCACGCGGGACAUACCGUUAACGCGGUCGCGCCGGGCCCGGUGCAGAGCGACAUGAUGGACACGCUGCCGAAGGACUUGAUCGAGCUGCAGAAGAAGCGGACGCCGUUGCAGAAUCGGUUGGGUGUACCGGAGGAUAUUGCCUUAAUUGUGGCCUGGUUGGCGAGCGAGGACGCGCGAUGGGUGACGGGGCAGACGAUAUCCGGGACCGGAGGGUGCGAGACGCUGUAGAACCAAGUCAGUCUGUGAAAUGAAAGAUGUACCAAUGGCGUUUCUUGUACUGCAGCG